AUGAAAAUAUUUGCUGAAAACAUUAAUGAUUAUAAAGGUAUAGAGUUGCUUCUAAACGCUACUAUGAAAACAGUUUUUCACAAAGAACCUGAAAAUACUAAAUUGUUUAGCAUCUAUAUCAUUGUGCAGCCAUCUGUCACCACUAGAACUUCUAAAUCACUUUCUACCCCAAUGAAGCAACUGAAUGAAUCUCAAUUUUAUAACUGUGAAUCUGUUACUUCUCAUGAGAAAAAAUUUUGA